AUGCGCGUCCGCAAUAGUGCAGAACGGGUCGCCCAGCUCACAGACGAGCUGCGUGUACUGGAGACCGAGCGCGAUGAGGCCGUCAAGACAGCCGAGUCGUGCGCGCGCACGUCUGUGCGGCUGGAGGAGAUGAUCCAACUGCUGGAGAGGCUUGCUCUGGAGAAGAUCAAGGACGGCGACGAGGAGGGGGCGCGCCAGGUGCUCACUGAGAAGGCGUCCACGCGCGAAAUUCUGGAGCGCACCAACUCGCGCGCGCAGAUUAAUUACACCCUGGCUUCCAAGCUGGCUGACAAGAUCGGCAGCGUCCAGCAGCGCCUGGUGGAGCAGCUGGGGGGCGCUUCCACAGGGGGGAGCACCGCCCAGCCGCCGCGGCAGCAGCAGCAGCAGCAGCAGCCGUCCCUGCAGGAGGAGCGGCGGCCCGCGCAGGCGGCCGGAGGGGACGUCAGCAGCAGCGGCGGCGGCGGCGAUUUCGCGUCGUCGUACGCGCCGCGACGCCCCGCCUGGGAGUCUAGCCUGGAGGAGGCGCGCGCCAGGAUCAAGCAGGCCGAGGAGGCCGCCGCCGCCGAGGGCCGCCGCACGGCCUGGCAGGCGCGGGAGACUAUAGAGGAGGCGCGGGAGCGGCUGCGGCGGCAGGCCGUCGACAGCGUGCAGGCGCUGAUGGCGCGCUACAAGCGGGGGGAGUACGUCACAGAGGACGAGCUGGAGUGGGCGCAGCUGGAGAAGCGUUUUAUCAUGUGA